CCAGACCUUAAGGAGGAAGUUGGUUUCAGAGUGACUUCUCCUUCAGUCUGUAGAACUGACAGAGAGAGAGAGAGAGAGAGAGAGAUGUGGUCCCAUUCUAUUCUGCUGUUGAUCGCCCUUAGCAGUUACUGCUCUGCAGUAUCAGAGCUUCUUGGUCCUCCGCUGGUCCUUCUGAACGCCGUCCCGCAGCCGAACCAGACUGACGUGGUCCUGAAAGCCGGCUCUGCUUUCAACCUCAGCUGCCACGGUAAUGCUUCACUGUCCAGCACCUCGUUCGUCCGUUUGCCCUCAAAUCGACAGCUAGAAGUGAGGCAGUCCAAUCCCAGGCACACCGGGACAUACACCUGUGGGUACAGCGACCCGACCCUCAAGCACUUAAACAGCUGGAUACAUCUUUACGUUACAGAUGUGAAGAACCGAAGCAACGUCUUUGUGAGCUCAGCACGCCUCGUCCUGAGUGUGGAGCAGGGGGAGGAUGUCCCGGUAAAAUGUCUCCUCUCUGACCCGACUGUCACAAACCUCACGCUCCAGUCAACAAAGGAGAGGGGUUUGCCCCCGGGCAUGAACGUGACCUUUGACCUCAGAAAAGGAGCCCUGAUCCACGCCGCCAUGACGGUGUUCAAUGGAUACUAUGUGUGCUCAGGCCUGAAGGAUGGAAAGCCGGUCAACUCCAAACCUGUGGAAUUGCUGGUGUUGCCACGCAGGCAGCUUCGGCCCCCCUCUGUGACCAUUGUCCAGGAAGAGUUUGUCCGUCUCAUAGGGGAGACGUUUCAGCUCACCUGUGUUGGCAGGAACCCCUCCCACUUAUAUACUCUCGGUUGGACUCAUGAACGUGUGCAGAGGCUAGAGAACACCAACACCCGUAAUUACGACAAUGGCCACCUGUACAUAAACAGCACCAUUUGGAUCUCCGCUGUUAGCCAGAGGCAUGCUGGUCUGUACACAUGUAAAGCCACAAACGAUGUCGGCACCGCCAUGGAAACGGCACGGCUCCGUGUGCUAGACCAGCCUUACCUGGAGAUCCACAUGCAGCACCGCCAAAGCUCCAUCGCACCGGCUAACGAUAGCAACAUGCUAACGAGGUUAAACGCCAGUGCCGCCAGCACAUCUCUGUUCACCAAUACUAGCACUGACGGAGCUCACAGUGCUAACUUCAGCAGCAGCAGAGAGGAGGCGUUUGAAGGUCAAGAUGUGACACUAACAUUCGUGAUAGACUCGUAUCCUCCAGUAAGGAACCACAGCUGGAAGACACCACAACAUCUGGAUGUCACGAACAUGACAGCACACUGGGAGAGCUACACAGCUAAAGGCUACAGGUCAGAGUUCAGCCUUCUGCUGCGUCGAGUUCAUCAAAAGGAUCGAGGUCAAUACUCCUUUCUUUUCUCAAACUUGUUCUUUAAUGGAUCGAAAAACAUCAACCUACGGAUCUACCGUCCUCCGUCUGCAUCUGUCUCUCAGGACGGAGGCAUUAUUUCCUGCAACAGCUCAGGAUAUCCACCGCCCACAAUCUUUUGGUUCAGUUGCCACAGCGACCGGCCUACGUGUGAAGACAUCUCCACCAAUCAGCUUCCUGCAGGUCCUGUGACCUCGCAGGGAGAGGUGGAGGAUGAGGAUGAGGAGGAAGAGGAGGUGAGGACACGCCUUCCUCUCACACCUGAUGAUGAUGUUACGAUUGAGUGCGAGGCCUCUAACCUGCUGGGAGCGUCCCGGGCUGUCUUCAGACCUCCUCCUCCUCCUCCCUCAAUCUUCACGUUGCCUCUGAUUGGCGCUCUAACCAGCGCAACUGUCCUCCUCCUGCUCCUGUUGGUUGUUGUGUACAAGUGCAGACAGAAACCCAGAUACGAGAUUCGCUGGAAGAUCAUUGAGUGCACCGACGGCAACAACUACACCUUUAUUGACCCCUCCCAGCUACCGUAUGACCAUGAGUGGGAGUUUCCCCGAGACAAACUCCGCCUCGGUGCUGUUUUGGGUUCGGGGGCGUUUGGGAAGGUUGUUGAGGCGACAGCAUAUGGUCUGGGAGCCGACGAGGUGACGCGAGUCGCAGUGAAGAUGCUAAAACCAAGCGCUCACUCUGAAGAGCGUGAAGCUCUGAUGUCUGAGCUGAAGAUCCUAAGCCACCUCGGUUACCAUGACAACAUCGUAAACUUGCUAGGAGCGUGCACACAAGGAGGGCCCAUGCUCAUGAUCACGGAAUACUGUCGCCAUGGCGACCUGCUCAACUUCCUGCGGGGUCAUGCUCAGGACUUCCUGGCAUCCAUGUUGAGUGUCGAUUUGGAAGACACAGCUUUUUAUAAGAAUGUGAACACGCGGCUCCGCAGUGACAGCGGGAUCUCAUGCUGCUCAGAGUACCAGGACAUGAAGCCAGGUGUACAGACAGACAGGUUGUCAGUCGGAGACCUCCUGUGGUUUUCCUAUCAGGUUGCCCAGGGUUUGGACUUCCUGUCCUCGAGAAACUGUAUCCACAGAGACGUAGCAGCAAGAAACGUCCUUCUGACUGAUGGUUGUGUCGCAAAGAUCUGUGACUUUGGUUUGGCCCGAGAUAUUCGGAAUGAUGACAGUUACAUCGUCCAAGGAAAUGCCCGUCUCCCAGUGAAGUGGAUGUCUCCUGAGAGCAUUUUCCAGUGUGUCUACACAGUGCAGAGCGACGUGUGGUCCUACGGAGUUUUACUCUGGGAAAUCUUCUCUCUUGGUAGGAGUCCCUACCCAAACGUCGCCGUGGAUACCAACUUUUACAAGAUGAUCAAAGAUGGACGACACAUGGAGCAGCCGGACUAUGCUCCAGCUGAAAUGUAUCACCUGAUGAAACUCUGCUGGAGCCUUGAACCCACCGACAGACCGACCUUCAAGACGAUUGGUCAGCUCAUCCACAGGCUCCUCCCCUCCAGCGAUGACGCGUUGCCACAGCACAGCGACCAGCCGACGUACAGGAACAUUGACGAGUGCAAAGAGGAAGAGGAUGAAGAUAAUGAGGAGGUGGGAGGGGUAACGCUGAAGAGAGGAGAAGAGCGAGAAGAGCGGCGAGACGACCAGGAUAAAGAGCCAGAGCCAAUGAUGAAGAAUAUUUACCAGCGGUCCUGACAGCCAAUCGAACCGUUCCUCACACAUUUAAACACCCAGCAUCAUGUGACAGAAAAAAUUGAAAUCAAGCAAAGGCUUUGUUUACAUUUCUGAAGGUUUUUGAAAGUUGAAGGGAUUUUGAAGGGGUUCUGAAGGGAUUUGAAAUGACGUGUUGAGGGUCUCUCAUGGUUUCUGGAUGAUACUGAAUGAAGACUGGGGUCUUCCUGGUGCUCCUCUUCAACCUUCCUCUUGAUGAAGACGGUGGUUGAUGAGUGGUGGCCUCACUGAAUGAGUCACUUGACGGAGAACGUUUCUCUGUAUGUUUCACAUAAUCCACAUUGUAAUCAGAUUCCUGGGGUUGUUUUUUAAUGAAACAGUCUGUAGGACAGAGGAUCAUGUGUUCGGAGUUUCAGUGUUCUUUUCUUUUUCGAAUGAGCAAUAAGAUUCUCAAUUUAGAUUUUUUUUAAUCAUUGUUUUUGCAUUUACAGGUGGAUAUUGUGUUUGUAACAGCAAUUUUUCUGAUGAAUAAAAGUGUAUUUUGUAAAGAUCA